ACAAUUUAUCCUAGUUUAUGAUGAGCGUCUAGCCGUAAUAUGCGGAAAAAGGGUCCAUCAAACCAACUACUUCAUGGCUUCAGAAGUAAAAAAAUUUGUUACCGCAUCCGACCGAAAUUGGACAGCACUGCAAGAAGUAGCGGCAGCCUGUAAACUAAUCCAAAUCAACAUGAUCCUUCACGAUGCUGCAAUAUCAAGGGUCAGCUAUCUCCACAGAGACAGCAUGUGACCGCUCUCUUUCUCCCCACUCAAGCUCGUGCUCUGCUCCAUGGCCCAUGUAAGCUGCCUCUAAAAAAACCCAACAAAAAAGGGGGGAAAAGCAAAGCAAAUCCAACAAAGAAAAUGGAAGAGGAGAUGGAGGUGAUGAUGAUGACGCCGACAGCGACGAUGACUAAAUCCACAGAGAAAUCAAGAAAUCCAAUGGCCGGUCCCACCGACCCACCAUCCUCCCCAAUCUGGAAGCUCUACGAUAACCCUCACUACGCCGAUCGCGUCCACAGACACCACCAUCAUUAUUCCUACGCCUGCAUAACCAAAUCGAGAUCAUCAUACCACACUCGCGAUCUAGGAUCUUUCUCUCGCCCCAUGAAUCGAGACGUGAACCUCUCAGAUCUCGACAACGCUCUCGCGGAGAUCAAGGAGCUGAGGGCCGAGCUGGAGUUCGAGCGCCGGAUGAGGCGGAAGGUGGACGCGCUGAACAGAGCGCUGGCGAGGGAGCUGGAGGAGGAGCGGCGAGCGAGGGAGGCGGCGGGAGGGAACGCUGUCCGGGCAUGGCGGAGGAGAGGACGCGUGGCGAGGACGCGAGCGCGCGAUGAAGGAUGGUCGAGGACGAGCGGAGCGAUGACCUUUGAGGAUUUGGGCGGAGGCGAUGCGGGAGGAGAGGGUUCAGAUGAAGCUAUCGGAGGCCAAAUUUGUUAUGGAGGAGAAAAUUAAGGAGAUGAUGCCCAUCGUUGAGCCAAAAAAGAACCAGAAUCAGAGUCAGAAUGAAGAGAGGAAAGAGAUCGAGAAUCCGCAUAUAAAGAGAGCGAUUAAAGGGAUGGAGUUCCCGAAGGCAGUUCGAGUUCGAUCGAGCUCGUCGCCGGGGUCGAGAGAGGGCAGAGGAGGGCAUCAAUUGGGGUCGAAUCUUGAGUGCCAGAGAGCGCAGCUUAGGGUUUUGAUGCGGCACAAGAAUCCGGCAGGGUCCGGGAUGAUUGGGGCCGCUGAGAAUAUGGUAAUGUGAAUGGCGUAGGAUUUGGGGGUGAAUGUAUUUGGUGUUUUGAUUAUGCAAGCAAUAAUUUUGUUGCAGUUGGUUAAUGUUAUGUUGAUAGUUUGUGCAUGUUGAUGCACUUUGUUGUAAUAUUUUGGGAAAGAAUUACUUUGGCUUUGGAUCGUAUAAAAGUUCCCUCGAGAAGAUA